AUGCCGAAGCUGCGCGUAGUUGUCGUGCCGGCCAUCACAAAUGAUGCCCUGACUUGUUUGUAUCUGGGUGGACUCUCGUCAUCUACCAGCAUCAAGACGCGUCUGCCCACCGGCAGUGAUCUUGAAGAUAUCCUUGACUUAUCCCGCGGCCCAAUUCUCUUUGGUAGCUUUGACGGCGUCGAAGUCUUCACACAUCUAUGGCUUCAUAAACUCACCUCGGUGCCACUUCGAUCUGAGGUCAAGUUUGAUCCAAGCCUGCUGCAGAUAAUUUUUGACUCCCUCCAUGCUUUCAGGAACCUCCAGUGCAUACGUGUAUCCAAAUCCUCCGAUUUCACUUUCGGGUUGCGGACAUCGCAUUGGCGAGGCGACCUGGAAGAAAUCGGAGAAGCAUGGUCCUAUAUUGAGGUGUUGCUCCUCAACGAGACAUAUGGGAGCAUGUCUGGCGCGGCACAUAUGUCACUGUGGAUUUCACUAUCCGAGGUCGUCAGAUUCGUCGGGUGUUACCCUUGCUUGAAGAAACUUUGCAUUGGUAUUACAAUUAGUUCCGUGGAUUAUGACUAUGACAUUAAAGGGCAAGCCUACGUGCCCUCGAGCGCUGUGACUCAAGUAGCAAAACGCGGGCUACAGAAUAUACGAUUCCGCCUACGCCUUUCAGACUCCCGCUCAUAUAUUCUCGACGAGCAUAUCAAUCACGCGUUCUCAGGCCCCGGCUUUUUCGCUAGCUCCUCGAAGACACUCGAGCCAACCACACAUUUGCGCAGCUGGAAUACCAAUUUAUCCAGACAGAUGGACUGCGAGAAAAGGGGGACCAUAUGA